CGUCUUGUCGUGACUUUAAACUUUAAAUACGUUUUGGUUGAUGAUUUUCCUGAAGAAAUUAAUGCAAACCGUGCAGUGGUUCGCUGAUUUGUUGAACUCAACAAAGAGAUCUGGAGGUUCGUUUGGGUCCAGUUCGGUGGAAAAAGGUGACCGCGACGGGCUGCACGGCGUUUUCAGCUGGUCGGCGGCCAUGUCUCUGAGCUCUACUCCUCCGAUUCUCUCCGUCCGGCCCUCGCGGGCGCUGGUGGACGAGGCGUUUGAGGUCCUGGUGGAGAAUCUGCCCCCGGUGUCGCCGUUCACGCUGCGCUCGCUGCACCACUCUGAGGACGGGGACGACUGGGAGGCGUACGGCCGCUACGUCAGCGACCACAGCGGGAGAGUGUCAGUUUCAGAGGAUUUGAGUUUUGGAGGAACGUACUCUGGGAUGGAGCCCUUGGGUUUGAUUUGGAGCUUGCGUCCGGUUCCAGGCAGCCGCACCGGACUCAGGUUGAGGAAGAAGGACGUCACCACCCCCAUGCUGAUCACCAUCUCCCUCUACAAUGGACACGAGGACUUCAGGGACAACAGCCCUCUGGUUUCCAUGGUAACGGAGAGGUGGUACAUGGGCCCAGGCAUCCAGCGGAUCGAAAUCACUGAUGGAGAAUUACGAGGGGGUCUCUUUAUACCCCCAGGUCCAGGCCCGUUCCCUGGGAUUCUGGACCUGUGGGGAGGCGGAGGCGGGCUGCUGGAGUACCGCUCCGCCCUGCUGGCCUCGCGCGGUUACGUCUGUCUGGCUCUGGAGUAUUUCAAAACGGGGCAGAUGAAGUCAACAGAUAUGAGUUUUGAAUACUUUGAGAACGCCUACCAUGUCCUGAAGGACCAUCCUCAGGUCAUCCCAGACAGAGUCGGGAUCAUCAGUCUCUGCCUCGGCACCAUCGUGACCCUCGGCUUGGUGGCGGAAAGCACAGAGAUCAAGCCCUGUUGCGUCGUUUGCAUCAGCAACAUCAUCAGCAAAUCGCCAGGGAAAACCCUCAGCGGGUUCCACCGAAGCAUUCCCAGCGAGUUCAAUAAGAUACGCGUGGAUGAGAACAACCAUCAGAUCUGGAGGGACGUGGGGCUGGCGCUGCUGCAGGAACCGUCCAUGAAGGUGGACGUGGCCAAAAUAAACUGUCCUCUGCUGCUGGUCAACGGAUGUGAUGACCAGAACUGGUGUGCGGUGGAAACGGCCGAUGAUAUUUCCAAGACGAUGAACGCCGCGGGGAAGGGUCACCUGUUGACCCGGCUGGACUACCCUGAAACCGGACAUCUGAUCGAGCCGCCGUUCUCGCCUCACUGCCCCGCCGGAAACUUCAUUAUGUACAGCUCCAACCAAAAAGUGCUCCAGCGCUACGGAGGGAAAACGAAGCCGCACAGCGACGCUCAGGACGACUCCUGGAGGAAGAUCCUCAGCUUCCUGCGCCACCAUCUUUACUGCAGCCAGAAGGCCAUGAUGUGAGGCAGGUUCACUCCUCAGCAUCAGGUUCUGUGGUUUUACGCUUUUCUACACAUUUUCUUUAGUCAAAAUAAACAUUUUCAGAGCAAAAAUACAUUAAAUUUACA